AUGAUGAAGUCCACAACAUUAGUUUUCGUUGCGCUCGUGACUAUCUUCCAAUUGUCUCCGACUAUGAUCAAUGCAUGCGACAUGAAAGAUAUGCAGCCAUGCCUCUUACCGAUCAUCGGUGGAAUCCCACCGACUCCAAACUGCUGCGCCAAACUGGAGAGGAGGAGGAAGAUGGAAGAAGCGAUAAGAGCAGCAACACAACAAGUGUCUGAAGAAUUCAAAACUCUCGUUAAGGCUGAAGAUCUUAAUUCUCUCAAACAUCUGCAGCACCUCAUAUUGGGGAGGUUACAGGAUAGCAAUGCAGUUCUCUCCCAUUACAACGAAUUCGCAGAGAAUUGCUUCACCGACGUGUCAUCGGAGUUCACUAGAAACACUCGUCUUUUGAAAUCGAUGAAAGCAGACCUCGAUUACAUUUUCUUGAAACUAAGGAGCAUCAAAGGUAAGAUUCUGGCUACGUAUCCAGACGCAUUUCCAGAUGAAUCUACUAGCGAUGCUUUUGAUCGAAGACCUGACCUUGAGCUGCCUCAGUAA